UUCUGACCUCCCACGUAAGCGGCCAAUUCCAAAGAGUAGAAUUCGUCUCGUUCCCCACCUCCAACGAUUCAUCCCCCUUCGUCGAGCUCGGCGUCUCCCCAGCCUCCCCCUCUUCCCCUCGAUCCGGUUUCCUCCUCCCCUCUUUCUCCUUCCCUCUCUCCUGACGACGUCUUUCUUCUUCGGUUCCGUCGGAUCAAACUCGAGGAGGGGGGGAGAGUGCGUAAAAGAGAGGAGGCGGGGUGAUUAUGGCGUACAGGGCGGACGAGGACUACGACUAUUUAUUCAAGGUGGUGUUGAUCGGGGACUCCGGGGUGGGGAAGACCAACCUGCUCUCCCGCUUCGCCCGCAAUGAGUUCAGCUCCGAAUCCAAGUCCACCAUCGGCGUUGAGUUCGCUACCCGCACCAUCCGCGUCGAUGAAAAGCUCGUCAAGGCCCAGAUCUGGGACACCGCCGGCCAAGAAAGAUACCGAGCAAUUACUAGCGCAUACUACAGAGGGGCUGCUGGUGCCCUUGUUGUGUAUGAUGUGACUCGCCAUAUCACCUUUGAGAAUGUCGAGAGGUGGCUGAAGGAACUACGGAAUCACACAGAUGGAAACAUCGUCAUCAUGCUUCUGGGCAACAAAGCUGAUCUACGUCACAUAAGGGCUGUCUCGGUAGAGGAUGCACAGGCGUUUGCUCAACAGGAGAAGGCUUUCUUCAUGGAGACCUCUGCUCUCGAGUCGAUGAACGUGGAGAAUGCCUUCACUGAAGUGCUGACACAGAUCUACCAUGUGGUCAGCAAGAAGAUGCUUGACGUUGGUGAUGACCCCUCUGCCGUGCCCAAGGGACAGACCAUUAAUAUAGGCGCUGAGGACGAUGUGCAAGCUUCUAAGAAAACUGGUUGUUGCUCAGAUUAGUUCACCAUUCAUCUCCCUCAAGUUUAGGCGCAUGCUGCUUGGCAUUUCUUUUGUAAAGCUCGAGGAGGAGGCACUAAAUGCUUCAAGAACAUCGAGCACCAUACACAGGUUUUGUAGCUGGUAAGAAAAUAUGAACCUUUCCCUUGUUUCAGAAAUGCAAACUUAGUGGGUCUUCUUCUCUUUAUUCUUUUUAUGACUUGUAUUUCUCAUUACAGACAUGUUUCUCUUGCUUACUGUUUGUUGCCUUUCACCAUUUGUGUAUCAUCAGAAAAAGAGUGGUAUAUACAUAAACUUUGGUUGGUUCUU